CGCAACUUACUGAGAACGAUUGUAUUGAAAAAGGGUUUUGAUUUACAGUGUUUGUUUAACAUAACUUUUAAUUCGUGAAACUCAAUUUGUAAGAAAAAUACAACGAUGGAUUCUCCUUCAGCCAGUAACCAAGAUAAUCCUACAACUUGCGAGAGUCCUUACACCAAUGAUAAUAGUGCAUCGCCGGUGUCGUCGGUGAGUGAGCCACUAACAACGUUGACUAAUUUCAGUUCCACGGUCGUGCCAGAUUAUGCCAAUAAUAUGAACUAUAAUGCAACCGAACAACAGAUAGUAAGUGAUGUACAGUACAGUUAUGUUCCGACGACUGAAUGUUACCAGUCUUACAGUCGAGCAAAUACCAUGGACACCGGUCUUUUGUCAACAUGGCCAGCUCCGAAUCAUCCAUCCAACACAUCUAUGAAUGUAACGAUGCAGGGAAUGCCUAUUGAUGUAAACAUGAUUCCCUCAACUUCCACAUUUAUGUCGACAAGACCAGCUUUUAUUGAUAUGGCACCCCAACAGUAUCAUCAUUAUCACCACAAUCACCAACCGCAAAGUUCUAAACCAAAAAGACGCAGGGUCAUCACCACCGCUCAACGAAAAGCUGCAAAUAUACGAGAAAGGAGACGAAUGUACAACAUCAAUGAAGCAUUCGACAUGUUGCGUAAGAGAGUACCGACAUUUGCAUACGAGAGACGAUUGUCUCGUAUAGAGACCCUGCGAUUAGCUAUCGUCUACAUUGGUUUCAUGAUGGAUAUGCUGAGCGGCAAAGAAGCACAGGAGAUUAAGCUGAGGCAAAAACUUUUGUACGACCAGUCGAGACUUGCAGAAGAUGAUGGCGUCGUUUACGACAUGUCGCCGUUAUCAAACCAAGAUAUGGAGUCAGUUAUAACCUGUUGAGUGUGAUAAAUUAUGCAAAUCGCCAAGCUUUUCCCUCUCUCGUAAUGACUUAUUCACUAUGGAAAUACAACGGAAUAUACUUUUCUACUAAAAUCCUGGUAAUAACACAAUUGACUCAACACUGGAAUGACCGCGGCGAGUUUAGUACAUGAUGUGACACCCGACACGUGAAAUCCUAACUGCGAAUUGAAGAAAAAAAGUUUAAAAAAACACUCAUUUAUAUCCUAUGUUUACUUGCAAAUAUAACUUUAUACUUUGUAAUUAGAUCUGCGGCAGAGCUUUAAACUUGUGCGUUGCCAAUGUUUGCCAAUCGCCUGUAUUUGCCUAGACUGAAUAGGUGCAUAGUAGGAAUCUGAUUUAUCGAUUUGGCUACAGGGCAAGUAACAAUUCCCAGAUGUCUGGUCUCAGAUAAAUAUCGAAUUUUCUUAAUUUGGUUUCGGUGUGAAUAGAUGGACAAGUGUAUAUUAACCCCUGCUAGAACCGAGAUGCUCCAACAAUUCUCUAAUAAGUUAAGCUCAACUAUAGACUAUUGUUUUGGAAAAAUAAUAAUAUAAAUAUCCCUAUAUAUAUUUGGAAAAAGGUUAUCUAUAAUAACUGCCAAAGCGGGUGUAUUUUUGUUUAGAAAAUAGUAAUAUUUUUAAUAAUGCCAAUGUUAUAUUUAUUACAAUGAUGAUUUUUUUGUAAUGAUGAAUAAAUUAUAUAUAUUUGGUGAAAAUUUGUUAAUAACGUAACAUUUUCAUUUGCUCUACUUAUUAGCUGAUUUCCUGAAACAAGAGAAAUCCUUUUUAAUGGUAGCUGAAUUCCCUUAAGGUGGGCGAGAUUUUCGUUUCCGUGUCUUGAACACGCCAUCGCCAUAGGUUUCGGACUCAAGCUCUCCUGACGAUGAACAGCGCAUGUGACGCAGCCCGUGAAGCGUGUGGGUGAAAUGUGUAAUCUUUGUAUGUUGCACGAUGACAUCAUUUAUAUAAAAGAAAUACUUUGGGACGGCAUCAGGACCAAACAAAAUCGGUUACUCCCCCUACAAAAAUUAAAUCACCACAGCUGUUCCAAAUCAUAAUCUGUGUAUAACAUGCAUCAGCAGUAAUUCCACCAUCGAGCAUCAGUGUUAAAAUACAUAUAUAUAUAUUAUUUUCUAGAAUUUAUUAUUUUCUCAACGAAAUAAGGUAUAAAACACAUUUAUGCAGCAAUAUAUUUAAAUCACAUACAACCAAGGGAAGGGACAAAGCGUGCACUUCAGAGAACAAUGCUCUUGACAAUUAAUACUCAAAUUUUGUAAAUAUUGUUGUAGACAGGCCAAGGUCAUUCAAUAAAUAUGCACAGGGAGAUGUCCAGCCCACAAUGUCAUAUUUUAAUGGCAAUAUUUUUAUAAUUGUUUAAUGACUGUACUGAAAUAUGUGUUGACAAAUUUAAAAAUAUAGUUUUUGAUAUUUU